AUGUCGACUGAUGCUCCGGCAAUCUCUCUCGAUGGCGAUGUUGAAAUGGGGAACUCAUCUGAUGCGAACGGUGCCCUGGAUGCGGUCCCGGCGCCCAGCAGUGAUGCUCCACCGACUCCCACGCAGUCCGCCUCGACAGCCAUCGCAGUGGUAGCUGACCACAGACCUAUCGAUGUAAGCCAUGCUGGGCUGAAGAGGUCAAUAGCGCUUGUCCUCGAUCAUGUUGGGUUUGAUGGCGCGGAUACGGAGGCUGUAGCGAGCUUCGCGCUAGCCGUGGAAGAAUAUAUCGAUUCGAUCCUUGGAGUACUGAAGCGCCAAGCUCUCUCUGCUCGCCGAGAACAGCCAACGCCUGUAGAUUUCGAAAGAACUCUGCAAACCUUUAACCUUCCGAUUGAUUCUCUCAAGCCGCAUGUCCGCCACCCAAUCCACGCUACUCGACUUGUUCCGAAAGUCGAAACAAUAUCCCUCCCAGACGGUCCUCAUCUUCGCCCGUUGCCCACACUCGCUGACGAGCUUAGUGGUAAGCCUGCAAAGGAGGAGAAGGAGUAUAUCCCAUCCCUCUUCCCCGAGUUCCCGAGUAGGCACACCUUUAUCUCCACGCCCCGGGAAGAGUCUCAAGACAAAAAGGAGCCAAACACGAUGCGCGAGCACCUCUCCAAGGCAGCAAAGCAGGGAGAGGACGCACUUCGUGGUUUACUGCGUGCAUCCAAAGUCCGACAACAGAAAGAGGUCCGAUCACAAGCCCAACGGUAUCCAGCAAGUCGCGAGAGAUACAAGCUCUGGGAGCAGGCGAUGGGGAAGAUGAUGAAACCGCUGGAUGAGGAGGGCUUGGUCCGGGUCGAGGACUCCUCAAAACCGGCGGCCGAUCAAGUUGCAAAUGCAAGCAUGAUUGUGAAUUUUUCCACAGACUCACUCCGUCGAGAAGGCGUUCGCACAACGCGCCGCCCACCAGCCCGAACGACAUUUGCGGCCGAUCAUGUGCCAAGGUGA